AUGGCGGUGGAACUUGAGAGAACCGAGCAGGUUCGCUCGAAGAUUCAUAUCAAGAAUCCACUCUUAAGAAACGCCUUGUCCGAAUUCUUCGGAACCUUCAUGCUUCUUUUCAUCGGAAUCGGAAUCGUGAUGCAAUUCAUUCUCUCGAAUGAGAAGCUCAACACCUGGAUCAACAUCAAUUUGGGAUGGGGAUUGGCCAUCGCCUUCUGCGUCUACCUGUGCUCCAAGACAUCCGGAGGACACUUCAACCCAGCUGUCUCCAUUGCCUUCCUCACUCUUGGAAAGCUCCCACUCAAGGACUUCUUGGUCUACUGCGUCGUCCAAACCAUCGGAGCCGCUCUUGGAUCCCUCGCCGCCUUCGGACUUUACUACGGUAUUUGUGAUCAUUACUGUAGCAAUAAUAAGUUUAUUUUAGACCAAGUCAACAAGUUUGCCGGAGCUUACCGCACUAUCAUCGGAAGCAAAGCCACCGCUGCUUGCUUCUGCUCGUUCCCAGCAUUCCAUGUCUCCAACACCACUUGCUUCUUUGAUCAAUUCGCCGGAACCGCUAUUCUCGUCCUCUUCGUCUGCGUCAUCAUUGACAAGCGCAAUGGAAUCCCAGCCGCCGCUCACCCACUUCUCUUUGGACUCGUUGUCAUGAUGAUCGGAACCGCCUACGGAAUGAACCUCGGAUACCCAAUCAACCCAGCUCGUGAUCUUGGACCAAGAAUCGUCACUUUCUUCAUCUACGGAUCCGGUGUCUUCAGCUACCACUCUUACUACUUCUGGAUCCCAGUCAUUGCCCCACUCUUCGGAGCCGUUGCUGGAGCCUGGUCCUACACCUUCUUCGUCGGAGCCCAUAUUCCAGAGCAAAGAGAGACCACCUACGUUCUUGUCGAUGAAGCCAACCAGCCACUCAAGCUCGCGUAA